ACGCUUGCUCGUGAUGUCUCCUGUGAUUGGAUGCCAUCCUCAUGAAUAUUUAGUAGCUGUUCCCGGAAGUGAGGCGGUGCUGCUGUUUUGCUGUCGAGUCACCUCUGUCGGGAUGGAGGAAAACCAGCCGCUAUAAUGCUGCAACGGAACAUCUCAAAUUUGCACACUUAGACGCGAAACGUAGUUUAUCGUCAACACUGCACUGUUACCAUAACGCUUGGUCAAAAAUGAUGGAAGAAAUCGACAGGUUCCAAGUGCCGCCAGUCAACGGGGAGACGCAACCUUUGGAUCCAGCAGCCUCCUCCAAUUCAGAAGCUGACCCUGAUGCCAAAGGAGAGACGGUGGCUAUAAACUACAAGCCCUCACCACUGCAAGUCCAAAUAGAGAAACAGAGAGAUCUUGCCAGGAAGGGAUCAGUGAAGAAUGGCACUGUGGGUAGUCCUGUCAAUCAACAACCGAAGAAGAAUGCUAGGACAAGGUUGGUUGUGCCAAAUAAAGGCUACUCCUCUUUAGACCAGAGCCCAGACGAGAAGCCCCUUGUAGCACUGGACACAGACAGUGAUGAUGACUUCGACAUGUCCAGGUAUUCGUCAUCAGGAUACUCCUCAGCCGAGCAAAUCAAUCAGGACCUCAACAUCCAGCUCCUGAAGGAUGGCUACCGACUGGAUGAAAUUCCAGACGAUGAGGACCUGGAUCUGAUCCCCCCCAAAGCGGUCAACCCCACCUGCAUGUGCUGCCAAUCUGCUCCCUCCACAGCGUGUCAGAUCCAGUAGCACCACCCUUCUCUUUGCAAAAGGAAAAAAUUAAUUGAGGGGGGGGGGGGCACAAAAAAGAGUGGAUUAAACAGUUUGCACACCUUUUAGAAGGAAGGAAAAAAAGGGUCUGUAAAUGUCUGAGUCAGCGACCGAGGUAGGGAUCACCAAUGGAUCUUGUGCUCGUUCCUCCUAUGGUUGGAUGUGUGCACCUUCUACAUUGUAUGAUGAACUAGGACUGCAAUGAAGGCACAUCAGCUUGAAGGAAAACCCAUUUGCUUGUUCCCCGACCGUCAUCAUUACAGUACAUUUCAUUUUGCUCACAUGGACCAUUCUGGACUGUUGAUUGGGCAAAAGACCAGACACCUCUUAUGGCGAUAAGGAAUCAUUUGAAUGAUUUUACCUGCUUCUGGUAAAAGGUUGGAAUUUGUAUGGAUCCUCACUGCCAGUCUGCUUUGUCUUCAUUUUUGUGUCCAAUAUAAAGAUAUGUAUGUGUGAGUAGUACGGAGAGAAUUAGACCUCAACCAUCAAGCGUUUCACCAUGAACACUUAAGGUAGUUCAAAUCUUAGUUUUCUAAUUACUGUAAUGUCUAUUUCAUUAUUGUGGUAAAGGAAAAAAAAAAGCGAAAACAAAUAGCUCUGCAUGUUGCCUGUUAAAAUUGUCAAAUGGCCAACUUGUGCAUAUAAUUGCUGACUCUUAUUGACCCCUUAACCAUACUGUCAGACAUCAUUCAUGGUACAAUUUUAUUUUAUUUUUUGGAGGAACUAUUUUUAGGACAUGGUGCGAGAGAAAUUUCUUUGCUAACGUCUACCCAUGCAUCAAUAUGAAGGGAACAUCUUGAGAAUUUAGCAGGAAGUGGUACAAAUUAUAUAAUAAGCUUAGAAAUGCGAGCAUUCCUGCAUGUGAGCGCUGUCUGCAUGCAACAGCUGCCACAAAACACAGAAAACCUGCAUAACACACGUUAAAAAUUGGCAAUGUUUUCAUAAAUGAAUGUAGUGAUUUCAUAGCUAUGACCUCGUAUUUUAACAGUCAUUUUAAAAAGAAUCUGGUUGAGAGAAAUCAAACAUGCAGGGUUUCCAUUAGUUGGAGUGCAUUACUUUUUGUACCAAAUCCUACUAAUUUCUGGUGAGUACCUGCUUGAUUAGGAAUGCCUUUGUUAUAUGUGAAUUCCGUUUUGUACCUGCUGUGAAUUUUGACAUAAUUUAAUGUGGCUUCAGUGGGCACAUUCUUUUUUUGUUAAUUUGAGGUUUCCUGUUUAAGAGGUGUAAAAUACUUUAAGUUCUUCAGUUUUUGUUUUAAAUUGUGUUUUUAUGUACAUAUCCAACACAUUUGUUUUGCACAAAUAUCCAUAGCACCUGCAACAGCUUUGAGUUUUCACUGCCAAUGGCCUUUUCUCACACAUCCGCUUUACAUUUACUACAUUAGCCCUGUGAUGUGAUUAUUUUUUUUCCCCCCGACAAAGGUGACCCCAAAAGAUCAAGGCUGAAUACCCGCCCCCCAAACAUGUCAAUUUGUUCCACUUACUCUGUGCCAACUUUGACCUAUUAGCUGAUAUAACAAAUACACCAUAAGCUGAGCUGCAUGAGAUAACUUGGAUACAAAUUUGGUGUGUGUGUGUUUGGUUAUUGCUAAUGGAAGUUAUGUAACAGAAUAUUUUCAUGACUCACACAAUGUAAGUUAUUGAAGCUUACUUUCAUAUGUUAAAAUAUUUGGGGAAACCUUGUGUUCAGGCAUCAGAACUCACCCUGGGUCUCAUACUAUAUGUUUACAUAGUUUUUAAAAAAUGAGGGAUACUGCAUUGAGAUGUAGUAUAUCUUGAGUAUUUUUUAGUUAUUUUUGCAGUUGAAGCUCUGUAUAUGAGGUCAUGUUUUGAUCUCCGCAGUGGGACAAAUUGUAGUAAAUGUAAUGAGUGGAGAAGCAAAUCCCAUAUUAAUCACAAUAUAAGCCUAUUAUGAAAUAAGUCUUCCCCUUUGACUAAAACCACACAAGGUGCCAACAUAGAUGGUUGAAUUGGUGGGAUUAUGUGUAGAAAAGUGUUUUGUCUCUUAGCUUCUGUUUAUAGUAAACAUUUACAGCGACUGUAAAAGAUGCUAACCUGCAUCAGUCCUCUUAUAGCUAACACUGUUUCUGAAUAUUAUCAUUUUAGAUUUAGUGUCACUUACUCUAUUUUGUCCAUAAUGGUGCACUAAAAAAAGCACAUAUUUAUUUGCAGUUGUACAUUUUAAAUUAUUUGCCAGCUUUGUGUACAAUUUUGGUUUACCAAAUGUUUCACUUUAUUUGUCAGACACUUAUUACGGAUUCAAAUGGUUUCAUUUCCACUAAACGGUGUUCAAGUUUUGUGUAUCGUGCAAAUUGUCCCGCAAAAAUAAACGUUAUUUGAAACCCAGA